AUGGAAGGUGGCGAGUGGAGAAAUAAUAUAAUAAAUCAGCUACGAGCUCGAAACAAAAGGGAAACUUUUGCGUUUCAGGAUAUUUUUACAUUUCAAAGCAGGUUAUUUGAUAAUGUAAACACACUUAAAAAUGAAAAUCUACAGCUGACUUUAGUCAAUGAGAGAAUAAGAUAUUCUAACACAGAAAGUGUUUCUUCUGGAGGAGGUAUUGUUAAUGAAAAGAUUCAAGCCCUAGAACAAAAAGUAUUAAGCCAGCAAGAAGAGUUGACAUCAUUACACAGGAGACGAGGAGAGAGUUCUCAACAAAUAAUAAACUUAAAUGCUAAAGUACAUGAUUUAGAGAAGAACUUACAAGCUAAAGAUAUUAUAAUUUCAGAAAACACAGCUCUUAUUGCAUCACUUCGGGCUGAAAUUCAGAUGUAUGAAAAUAAUAUGACAGAGUUACAAGGACUUAAUCAAGUUUUAAGAGAUGAACACCAAGCAUUACAAAUAGCAUUUGCAGCUAUUGAAGACAAGUUACGGAAAGCUCAGGAUGAAAACCGUUCGCUAGUGGAGAGAUUGAUAAAGUACAAGGCGAAAGAUGCUGACAAAAUGAAUGAAGAAAACGAACAUUUUCUUAAGUCAAGCAACCCUACUGCGUUUUUGAUCAACACAUUUGGUAGAGUUAGUUUCGGAAAAAAGAGUGAUAAAGUUAAAAAAGAGCUGGAGGAAGCAGCUAGAGAAGGCGGGAGUAGAAGCAGUGGUUCUGGAGGUAGUGACGAUAAAAUUAUGGAUUCUUUGCCGUACUAUGCAACGUCUCUACCGAAUAAAGUUGCUUUGAGAUUUGAUGCUCAUGAUGGCGAAGUGAAUGCUGUUAAGUGGAGUCCAACUGAUAGGAUUGUUGCUACAGGCGGAGCUGAUAGGAAAGUUAAACUAUGGGAUGUGUCUAAAUUAGGUACAUCAGAAAACAGAGGUACCCUCGUCGGAUCAAAUGCUGGUGUGAUGUCAGUGGACUUCGAUUCAACUGGUGCCUUCAUUGUUGGAGCUUCGAAUGACUUCGCUAGUCGGGUGUGGACUGUUGGUGACCAACGAUUAAGGUGUGAAAAUCCAGGAAAUUUCCUGGAAAUCAAGUCGCAGAUCCCAUGGGGACUUUUUGCAUUGUAG